UAGAGUUCGACCGUUGGGCCCGGGUGGUUCAAAUAGCCGGCGAGGAGGGAGGGACGGAGUCGGACAACUAGAAAGGAGAGCCGUUCGACUUCAACCCUCUCCCUCUCGCUCGCUCUCUUCUUCACAGUAAAAGAAAGAGCCGAAGGAGACGACGACAAACCGAAACGAUCAUUCGAACGCGAAUUCCCAAAUCCCUACAGAUCAAUCCUCCCAUUCGGCGAAUUUUGGGUCUUUUCCUCGUCGCAGGUGGAAGGAAUCCGAUGUUGCCGUUGAAGAUCUUCGACGAAAGACUCGAUCGGCGCGGACGCGGGAUUUCGAGUUCGAAGCUGCUUCUUGAUUUCGGAUUCCUGGGUGGAUUUCUGGCAUAGAUUGCACCCAAACAACGGUUGGAUUCUUGGGUUUUCGCAAGCGAAAUUUGAGCAGAAAUGGAAGGAAGGGAGUUCGGGCGGAGCAUGACGCUCUCCGAUCAGCUUGCAGUCGAGGAUUCGCCCAAUCCUCCGACGGCGCUGACCGGCAUCGCCAACAAGCGUGAGGCCUUCGCCGCCGGGAGCGGCAGCCAGCGGACUUUGAUGGACAUCAUCAAGGAGGAACCUGACGCCAGCGGGGGCGCCGGUGCCGGCAUGAAAUGGAAGUCGUUGAAGGAGCGCCUCCGCCUCCGCCGCGCCGGCUUCCGCGCCGCUUCCGCACACCCCUGCCCCAUCUCUGACCCCGAAGUCGACGUCUCCGUCCGCCCCAACCCCGCCCCCCACGCCCUCGGCCGCUCAAUCUCCCGCUCCGUCUCCGUCCGGAAGACUGAGAUCCCCUUCCGGGGUUCUGCCUCACGCCGCGGAGCCAUGGUCUCCGAAUACAAAACCCCCGUCGCCGCCCGGGGGACAGAGGAGGAGGAAGAGGACGAGUCGGACCCUCUGGCGAGCGGCAGCGGCGGUGGAGGUGCAGAAGAGAGGGAGGGGUGUGAGGGAUCCAACAGGAGCGGCGCAGGCGAGGAGUCGGUGGCGCCGGCGGAGGAGGAGCAACCGGUGAGGAUUUCUUUGAUGGCGCUGCUGGAGCAGACGGACAGGUGGGGUGGGGAGGGGGAGGCGGCGGCGGAGGAGGAGGAGGAGGAGGAGGUGGCGGAGGACGAUGACGAUGACGACGGGGAGGGGGACAGCGGCGGGAUGUACUACGUGUGCUGCGUGUGCAUGGUGAGGCACAAAGGUGCCGCCUUUAUUCCCUGCGGCCACACCUUCUGCCGGCUGUGCUCGCGGGAGCUCUGGGUGAGCCGAGGCAACUGCCCCCUCUGCAACGGCUUCAUCCUCGAGAUCCUCGACAUCUUCUAGCCCUCUCCAUUCACCAUUGCCCCCUGCCACCAUCCCCCAUUGGGUAAUCUUCUUCUUCUUCCUCCUCCAACCUCGUUAAUUAUUGUACAAGAAAAUUAUUUUUGGUGAUGGAGCUUUCUGUCUAAUUUCAUGUGUUCUUUUUGUGUUCUUGAGGUCAGGUUUGGUGAUAUUAAUAUUGGGCUGAUGGUAAUAAUGUAAUUGCAAUUAAUGUUGUAUAAUCACUACAAUGUAUAAGAGGUUUGAUGAGGA